GCCGCGGAGGUAAUUAGGUCGCGGCAGAUAACCGAGUCGCCCAGCCAAACGGCGGGGCAAUCAGUAAUAAGUUCGGACAAGCAGGCCACGUCGCUCGUUUCUUUAUUCUCUGUUUCACUUCGUUUUUAGCCCUAAUCGCGAGACUGACUGGAAGCUGAAGGGUAGGAGGAAGGAAGGAACUCUGCCGAAGCCAAACUGGUGUAGUUGGAGACUGCGAGUUCUUCCCCACGCUACUAAGUUGCACAGUUGCGCGCUACAAAACCUGUUUCUGGGGGAUUUCGCCUCAAUUCGCCAUCUCCCGAUACUCAACAGAAGGAAUCGAGAAACCCUAAGAAAUGUCGGGCGGGUUUUUCCGGGGUACGUCCGCCGAGCAAGAUACUCGGUUCUCUAACAAGCAAGCUAAGCUGAUGAAGUCGCAGAAGUUUGCUCCUGAAUUGGAACACCUGGUGGAUAUGACGAAAGUGAAAAUGGACGUUAUGAAACCAUGGAUUGCUCACAGGGUGACUGAGCUUCUUGGUUUCGAGGACGAAGUUCUUAUCAACUUCAUUUACGGCCUUCUGGACACCAAGGAAGUUAACGGGAAAGCGGUCCAGAUACAACUUACUGGCUUCAUGGAAAAGAACACUGGGAAGUUUAUGAAGGAGCUCUGGUCCCUUCUUAUCAGUGCCCAGAAGAAUGCCAGUGGCGUUCCUCAACAGCUUUUGGAUGCCAAAGAAGAAGAAACUAGGCAGAAGCAGGCAGAGAGAGAUCGGAUAACUGCUGAGAUUCAGAAAAAGAAAGAGAAGGAGAAUAUAGAUUCCGAGUUCAUGCGUCAGAGUAAGAUGGACGGUGGGGCUGGGACGAAGGCCAAUAAUGCCUCUAUGGAUCCAAGCUCAAAACAGAUACAACUGAAGGGUUCAAAUGGUGAUUCUGGUGAUGAGAAAGGAGCUGAAAUAAGAAAUGGGUCGAGGGGACGAAGCAGGUUGCUAGAGGUAUCCAACCCUGAUCUGAUUGGGUAG